AUGGGAGGCUGGAAGAUGGAGGUGAUCAAAGUGGGCGUGUAUCUGGCUAUUCCGCUAGGCAUUCUCACCAUGUCAAACAUGCCGCGCUACUUGGAACGUAAUCAUGACGCCCAACGAUUGAGUGUCUACGAGCAGACUGGGGUCAGUAAACAAAUUGAAUUCAUCUCCUUUUAUGCCAGUUUCAGGUGUUGCCUAGCUUAAAUUUAUUUUGCUUGUAUGCGAUCGUCACAGACUGGAGUGUUGCAAACAGUGCUUCGAUUAACUGACGUUGAUAUCAACAGUCUGACCGCCGCGAACGACGAUGUCAGCAGUGUGACACGCGAUCUAGCAGGAGCUGCGGGUGGUGACUGGCGCGUGAAUAAGUUUACGGUGUUAGUAGGCUUGCGCAGUAUCUAGCGCACUCUCUCCUCCCCCAUCUGGGCUCGGUGUCAAGAAGAUCGAACGUGUGAUCGGCGCAGUGAUUGAUAAAGCUAAACAGCCCGUCUCUUUGUGCCACACACGCAUGGUACGUACCCGGCGGAUCAGGUUUUCACAUAAAAAAGUCAGGGGGCGACUUGAAUCCCAACUAAAUGCGAGUGCCAUUAGGGCCGCAUUAAGAAGGAACCAUUACGGUCUGACUCUCCGCCCUGAGUGGAGGACUGAGUUAUUCCGUCAUUUGGUAGCCUUCCCAACCACGACUUUGGCUAGAUCGCAGUUGGUAGCCAGGCUACGUAUUACAGGUGGCUGGGGUGUUUGUUUACUGUGGGCUUCCAUAUUCACAUCUGACCUAUUUGGCCUCCGUUGUACGUGUGAGGUGAGGAUUAGGAUACCAGUUAAUGGUUUUCGAUUUUCGGGUUAGGGUUAUGCCCUUAGGCUUAGGUUUUCAGGUUACGGUUAGGGUUUGAGCGUAGAUUAGGUUUCAGUAUUGCGGUUAGGUCAUUCAUUUACGGCUAUGCCUAAGGUCUACAGUUACGUUUACGAUUUCGGUUAGGGUUAGGGUAAGGGUUGAUGUUAGGGUUAACGGUUGAAGUUUAAGUUAGAGGUUAGGGUUAGGGUUAAGGCUAUGCUUAUGGUUAAGGUCGUCGUCAGCUUCCCAAUUGCUGCCUACCAACUGCGAUCUAGCCACGACUUUUAGUGUGCCGUAAUAGAUACAAACGCGUCAGCUUAUUUGUACUGAGGAAUAUGUGCUGAGUGCUGCGUGGACGCGGUACCCAAAGUCGGCCUCAGUCCUUCUUUCCUCUCCUGACAGUUCGACCAUCGUUGACGACGAUGUCCACCGUGUGCCGCGCAGCAGGGACGGUGACUUACGCGUGAAUUAGUUUAUAGUGAUAGUAGGCUUGCAAAGCAUCUACCGCCCUCUCUCCUCCCCCACCUGGACCCGGUGUCAAGACAGAGUCAAGAAGACCGGUGGCGGGGAAGGGCGAAGGUGGAUGGCACGUUCGAGCUCGCACCUUGAAGCUCCACUGCGCACCUCCUGGUCCACACAGCAAAUGACCAGGAUUUUAACCAACAACAACAGAAGGGGCUGGCGCGGCCUGGGCAGAGGAGGAGAGAGUGCGGUAGACGCUGUGCAAGUGUACUACCACCAUAAACUAAUUCGCGCACAAGUCACCAUGCCCGCUCUCACAUCGCUGUGGAGCACGCGGUGGACACUGUCGGCUUCACUAAAAACUGGUUCGCAUGCAAGUCGCCGCUGCUGCCUCAGCGACAUUCAUCAGCUGUGGACAUCGUCACACAUGACAGUUGAACUAUCAUCGAUGAUGCGAAUUUCGGGUAAGAUGUGGUUAUAUAGCACCACCUGAUGGACACAAAACUGUUAGGGUUGGGGUUAGGGGAUAGAGUUAGGGUUAGGUGUUAGGACAGCUAUUUCUCAACCACUCAGAGUACAACCGUGCAUUCCCAAUAGCUUUUUUUCAACCUCCGGUUGAUACCAUUAGACUAAAGGCCGGUAAGAUGUGGUUAUGUAGCCCCACCUGCUGUACACAAUACGGUUAGGGUUGCGGUUAGGAUUAGGAUACAAACACGCCGUCCCAAUAGCUUUUUAUUAGCAUAUAAUUACCUGACCUCGUCUCCUGUAGGUUCCCAGUCCCAACCUGUAAAAACUAUUACCACCGGUCCCCUAUUAUAGGUGGCUGGGGUUUGUUUACUUCAGGUGGGGCUACAUAACCACAUCUGACCACAUUAAGUGUCUACAACGAUCGCUUCUCAACUCUCUGAGCUGAGGUCAUUGUAGAUAAUGCCACAGGCCGUCUACAACAGACGACCCGUCCUUGAACAAUGAAACACCAAACCGAAGUAAUCGUGUCAGACUAAUACCCAUUUAAAUAAGUAUAAUAGGUAGAAUAGUAUUACCGACAAAGACAAGGGAGACUGGAAUGGCCAUUUCUGGCUUAUUAGCCGUCGUCAGCCAGCCAUACCCAAGCCCGAAGUGUGGAACACCCGAGCCUCGAACUCGCGACCUGUUGGUUUAGAAGUCAACGCCUCUACUCACCGGGCCACGAGCCCGUUGCCCUGUCGGUAUUUUUUGUAUGCCACAGAUGCUUGGCGUCCCUCUCCCGAUCCUUACCCAGUCCAUAUCUCUCCUCGCAAAUCCAAUCUUGCAUUACACACUGAUGAGCGUUGUCGUAUAGCUUGACAAAGGACUGCAGCCUUUUAGGGUGUGGACAACUUUCAAAACCACGUCCUCUUGAUGGUUCUCAUAGUUUCAAACACCUCAGACCUAUUAUUAGUGCUGAAGUGAACGCCUGAUUGGCGUGAGGAAACCAACCCCUGGCCCAGCGUCACUCCUCUAAUGUACCAGCAGAAAGUUCAGGUUAGGCCAUAAGGAAAAGAGAUAGGGAGCAAUGACGGACAUGGUAUAGGCUCGCAUUUUGCUCAUUCCACAAGCUGUCACGUCACCCAUUGAAGGCCUAAACAACAGCCCGACUUGUUUUUGGAUCCCCAUAGUGCAAGAUGCCCCUUUCCCAGCUAUUCAGCAUUCUGAUCGACCUGACCGACUUUACCUAUCUGCGCAGUUUCUCCGCGUGCGUUGUGUGACGAGUGUUGUAGCCAGCUUUCUGACCGUCCUUUAGUCUUUCACUUAGCGGUAUACGUAGGUUUUUGUCUAACCUGCCGGAAUGCUGGGUUUUUUCCGCACACUAUGUGAUUAAUCGUCAGCCUCAGCACGCUAGCUGUUUCCUGUUUUCGAUCUUAUUUAAAAAAAUUUAUAGACCUUAUCGCGGCGAGCCUUGCGUUUUGAGAUUCUGCCUCGGAAUACGUUCACUGUUGCUUCGUGAUCGUGAUCAGCGCCUUUUGUUGCAUAGUUCACCUUUUUGUUCAAUUGAUUUAUACGGCCGUCGGUUUGUUUUGUAAGCUUCUUUGUCUGUAUCAGUGACCUGCUGGGGGAACUGCUACCUCUCUUUAUGAAGCAAAUUUCUCAUGGCCGAAAAGGGUCUGAGACGGUGCUGUUAAUUCGUAUUGACCCAACUGUGAAAAACUCGACGCCUCGGUGGGAUUCGAACCCACGCAGUAAGGGGAAGGCUUUAGUACAGCCAACGCUCUAACCACUUGAGCUACGAGGCCCCGCCGGACAACGCGAGUUUAAUCACAUUUGGGUCAAGUUACCCGCCCAACCUUCGGCAACGUCUGGAAUCCAUCAAAAGUGAUACAGUAAGUUGACUGCCCAGUCAGGAUUUCCUAAGUAAUUCACCUAGAAUCCACCAGAUGACUACCAGGCUUACGUAAUUCAUAGAUGUUUUGGCAGAUUUUGAAUAAUUCAUAUUGACUCAAAUGUGCUUAAACUCGCGUCGUCCGGCGGGGCCUCGUAGCUCGAGUGGUUAGAGCGAUGGCUGUAAUAAAGCCUUCCCCUUACUGCGUGGGUUCGAAUCCCACCGAGGCGCCGAGUUUAUCACAGUUGGAUCAAUAUGUAUUAUUCAAAACCUGCCAAAACAUCUGUGAACGGUGCUGUUAUUCCUUGGUUGGAUUAUGUCAAGUACCUGUUGGAUAUCUGUAUUUUUUUAACUGUGUUGCCAAUCUAGGUCGACAUGUCUCCAGGCGACCCUGUAUCUAUUGACGAACUUCGUGCGAGGGCUGAUGCACAGCCCAAGAUUCUCAACCUCCACCGUAUCCGUCGACCGUCUGCAGUGGCCAACAAGGACGUCACCGAAAGCCAGUCCCGUUAA